UGGCCGGCGUGAUGCAGAACUACGCCUGGGGCAAGGUGGGCCUGGAGAGUGAGGUGGCCAAGCUGGUGGCCAGCAGCGACCCCCUGGUCCACAUCGAGCCCGACCGGCCCUACGCCGAGCUCUGGAUGGGCGCCCACCCCAGGGGCGACGCCGUGAUCCGGGACAACCGCAUCGGCCAGCAGACCCUGGGCCAAUGGAUCGCCGAUAACCCCGGCUGCCUGGGCGCCAAGGUCAAGGACACCUUCGGCGGCCGCCUGCCCUUCCUCUUCAAGGUGCUCUCAGUCAACACGGCCCUCUCCAUCCAAGCGCAUCCCAGCAAGGAUCUGGCGGCCAAGCUGCAUGCCCAGUUCCCUGAACACUACCCAGAUGACAACCACAAGCCGGAGAUGGCCAUCGCUCUGACCCCCUUUGAGGCACUCUGUGGCUUCCGGCCCGUCGAAGAGAUUGUGUCCUUCCUCCAGAGUGUCCCAGAGCUCCGGGCGCUGAUCGGCGACGUGGCCGCGGAGCAGCUGGAGCGCAGCGUGAGCGAUGACCCCCGCGGCGUGUCGUCCGCUCUGCGCGUCUGCUUCACCCGCGUGAUGAAGAGCGAGAAGAAGUUCUUCGUGGACCAGCUCAACAUGCUGGUGAAGAGGAUUUCCCAGGAAGCUGCUGAAGGGAAGGACACGUCGGGGAGCAAUGGGGAGCUCCUGCUGCGGCUGCACUCCCAGUACCCGGGAGACAUUGGCUGCUUCACCAUUUACUUCCUCAACCUGGUGAGGCUAGAGCCAGGGGAGGCGAUGUUCCUGGGAGCCAACGAGCCACAUGCCUACCUGCAUGGAGACUGCGUCGAGUUGAUGGCGUGCUCGGACAACACUGUGCGAGCUGGACUCACCCCCAAGUUCAUUGACGUGCUCACCUUGUGCGAGAUGCUCAACUACACGCCGGCACCGAGCAGCUCCAAGAUCUUCCCUGCCACGCAGAGCCCGCUCGAUCCCAGUGUCUACCUCUACGACCCGCCUGUACCGGACUUCACGCUCAUGAAGAUAGAGAUUCCUUCCUCUAUCAAGCUGUACCUUGUCUCUGCUGUGGACUCUGCUAGCAUCUUGCUGGUGAUCCAAGGAACGGCUGUAGGUACCUCCACGGCGGCCGCGUCUGAAAUGACUCUGCGCCGUGGUUCUGUGGUGUUCAUCUCCGCCAACGAGAGCAUCUCCCUGCACCUCUCCUCGCCGGAUGGGAUGCUGCUCUUCCGGGCCUGCUGCCUCCUAUGAGCGGGCACCCAGGACCCCUCCCCUGCAGCGACUCCGCUUUAGAGUAGAUAAAAACCGGCCUGUGCAAAGCAGACUUGCUGGGUUGGGUGUUAGCUUGAACGUUGCCCCUUAAUCCCCUAUUAAACCCAAAGUAUCCCACACUCAAUUUCUAGAAAAAGCAAAUUUCACACUCGACCUCUGGCUUCCGAAUUGACUCCUUGAUCGGGGCCCAGCGCAAAGGGGUGAGGAAGAACCUCUCCCUUCCUAGUUUUGUAACCACAUCCCUGCGUGUGUG